AUGGCUUGGGCAGCUGGGAACCCCAUGGAUCCAGAGGGUGUUAGGACAGUUUCAAUCUUUUCAACGAAAAAUGGGGACAUUGCUACUAAUGCUUAUGAUCUUGACCAGCGUGAUGUAAACAUCAUCGCUGAUCUUGGUCUUGAUGUUCAUCGAUUCUCAAUCGCAUGGAGCAGAAUAUUGCCAAGUGGUCAGUUAAAAGAUGGUGUGAAUCAAGCUGGAAUUGACUACUACAAUAAUUUCAUCAAUGCUCUCAUAGCAAAAGGUGGAGACGAAGGAAUAGAACCGUAUUUGGUGACACACCUCCAACUUCUUUCCCAUGCAGCUGCUGUUGACUUGUAUAGGCAAAAAUAUCAGGUCACACCAUUGAUGUUUACGCGUCCAGUCACAUUUGGUGACUAUCCAGACACCAGGAAGGAAAGAGUAGGCGAAAGAUUACCAAGUUUUACUCCAGUGGAGGGUAGAAAGCUAGAGCGUUCGUACGACUUUCUUGGUUUGAAUUAUUAUACUGGAUCAUUCACCCACUUCCUUGACGAAGGUUAUGUACCACCAUGUCCAAGCUACGUCACAGAUUCUGGAGUUAAUGUAACAGAAACUGAUAGUGAGGGCAAUCCCUUUGGUCGAUCUUGGACCGUAUAUCCUCGUGGAAUCGGAGACCUUCUGAACUACACGAAAGUGGUUUAUGAUAACCCAACAAUCUACAUCACGGAGAAUGGUGUAUGCGCUAAUGACACACUAACCAAAGAGGAGUCCAUAAAUGAUACAGUUCGAAUUGAUUACACAGAAGACCAUUUGUGCUGUGUUCUUCAAGCAAUUGAGUAA